AUGUCUACAAACGGCGACGCGGCCUCGUUGCCCCGCGCCGAGUCUCCCACGGGCUCCCCGCGCUCUGCGUCCGUCUCCCUGCAAGCCGCCGCCACCGUCAAUGCUGGCCUGCGACGCGAGCCCUCUAGACAGUCAUCUCAAAGCUCCUUGACUCGAAACGCCCCCUCUCCACGCGGCGGACGACGACGCUCGGCUGUCCUCAUGAACUUGCAACUCAACGACCCGUCGAUACCGGGACCCGGCGAGAUGGCGCAGGAGCAUUCUGGCAGCCAACGCUUGAGUCCUCAGCCGCUGUCAGGCUCCCCUCUCACGGCCGACCCCCACCACCACCGGGCGCCGAGCCUGGGCGAGCUCCAUCAGGAGCUGGAGGCUGAGCAGGAAGCGCAUGUGAACCGCCUCCUGCAGAUGAUCCGGCAACAGCAGCUCGAGUUGCAACGCCUCCAGGCAGGACGACCUUCCCAGGGGCAAGACACUGCCGCCGAAGACGCCGCAUCCGAGACGCGAGCAAGACCCAUCCCCGGAGCCUCGAUGCAGUCAACAUCACAGACGACACUCCCGGGGAGCCAGACCGUGGGAUCCGUGGGCUCCUACCCCCGUUCACCUGGCUUUCCGCACCCUCGGAGCUCUUUCGACAUGGCGCGAGCGGACCUUCACCGGCGAUCUAGAACACCUAGCCGGGGCCCGUCGCCGAGGAUCAGGGCAACCUCGAUCAGCGCCGAGAGCGGAGACUGGGUGCUCGGCGGCCGCGACGAGAGCGCCUUUUACCAAGCGGAAACUCAGAUGCUUAUUCGGGAGAAUCAAAUGCUGAAGCAUCGGAUCCGUGACCUCGGUGAGACCUCCAGCUUUGGCGCGGCUGACUUGGCCAUGGACUAA